AUGGCACCAGAGCCAAAUCAAGAGGAGCUUGAAGAGUUACGAAAAGCAAAUCGUAUUGCUAUUCAAGAUGACACUUCAACUCCGUCGACUUUUCAGAAUCCUAAGUAUUUAACUAUUGAUACAAAGGAGCACAAAAGGGUUGAAGACAACAUAGGAGAGAUUCAGCAAAUCGAAAAAGAUAAAUCGUCAAAGUCCACAGAAAUGUUCAAACCAGAUUUCAUGGCAUCUGUCUCGCCAGUUAUCUCGAAUCUUUGGGAUGAGGCAUAUGACUUGGUCAAAUCUCAAGCUCCUCGGGAAAUUCAAUUAUAUGAGAAAGUCAUAGAAUUAUGCCUGAAAGCAGAGCCUUUCGCAUUCUCAGCACCUCUGCCUAUGAUCGACCAAGAAUCUGAGGACUUUGCGUUCUUCAGCCCUUCUGAGAGACAACAAAAAGCGAGCAAGAUUAUAUCUGCUUGUCUCAAUUCUAAUGGCAGCAAGUAUUCCAAGGAUGCCAAUCAGCAACUUGGUAUGGGCAAACAAGCAAGAGACAUCAUCAAUUAUACGGAUAUAUUUGAAAAGGAAUCUUCUCAUGAGAAACGCGCAUCCCUAAAGAUGCAUAUCAUUAAUCUCUACCAGGAGAUUAUCCUAUGCGAAGUUCAAAUCAUUUGUCAUCAAUACGGUCACCCUCUCAAGCCGCUCCUCACUAAGCCUGGUCAAGAGUCGCCUUUUCUGGGCGGAACUCUUUGCAACAAAAUCAUCAAUGCAGAGAAUUCACUGGCAUGUUUCUCUACAGGAGAUGUGCAAUUGCAAAUACUCCAGUUGAUCAAUUGCACAAACGCAAAACUGGACAAGGCAACUCCAGGAGAUAUUACUAUCCAGCUUGAGGGCUUGAAACGGUCUCUGAAGCUUCUGAAUGCUAUAGACCCACGGAAAGAUGUUCCAAACAUGUUCCAGUACGGCGACUCAGUUCUCAAGCCUUUAUAUCAGUGGCUGUCAUCAACAGAACAAUACAGACUCUUUGAUAAGGCGCGCUUGCUUUGGAUCAGUGGCCCCCCAGCGACGGGUACCAAGAUGAUCAUGAGAGCUAUCAUUCAGGAAUAUCUCCCGCAAAAACACCAAAUCGGAAACAUUAUACAUAUAUCAUUCUCAUCUGGCCGUAAUGGCCAAUUGAGAAUAGAGGAUGCUACGUCAAUGGUCAAAAGUAUCAUCUAUCUUGUGCAGGACCAACAGCCAAAGCUGGCCAAACAUCUGGUCAAUCAUUGCACAGAGACGAAAAGAAAGCACCCAUUCGGCAGCAAUGACAUUUAUGCACUUUCGAUGAUUUUAUGCAAUAUGGUGAAAGAUGAAUCGUUCCUCGCCACAUUGUUUCUCAUAGACGGCAUCGAUGAAGUUGGGGGUGGCCUCGACGGACUAGGCUCCGUUAUAGAUUUGAUCAAUGCAACUCUCAAUCUAUCCUCCAAAGUCAAGUGGUUGAUAUCAUCGGAUGCUCUUGAUGAGUACCCGAAAGUUUGUGAAAAGCUUAACGAGAAGCUUUAUCCCAACCUCAACCUCGAGGAAGCAGAUAUCGCGCCUAUUUUUAAGCAGUUUUACUUCCGUUCCAAGAUUGAUGAACUGGCUCAAUAUGGUUAUUCGAGAAAUUUCAGAUCACAAAUCACAUCCAAGCUCAGCGAUAUAUCGGCUGGCAAUGUCCUACGGGUAGAUUUAACCUGCGAGGCUUUGAAGCGAGUUGAGCCAUGGCAUGCUAUUGACAUGCUAGAUCAAUUAUCAAGCCUCUGUUUUGUUCACAAGAGUCCAUUAUACACUCUCAUGAAACGUUUCAUUGAAGGACCGCUCCAUAUUACCGAGCUUAGAGCUAUUGUGGACUUUCCACCAGAAGUUGACAUCAAACUCCUGAUUGAGAAAAAGUGUUUCGCCUUCUUGCAACUGUGCGAAGACACAGUUUGCUUUACGGAAAGGACAGCUAGAGACUUCAUUCAGGAAGAUCUUGGAACUGCAAAUGUUAAAACACAAGAGUCAAUAUCACAGAGGUGUCUAUAUCUAACGUCGACCUUCCUGUCUCGUAACGCUCAUGAUGCGGAAGAUACCAAGUCUAUCGAGUAUCCCAUUCUUUUUUGGAUGAAACAUCUCAUCUCUAUGGAGAAUUCAGAGAAAGAUACUGUGGAUACGUUGCUUAAUUUCCUCAUGAAGCAUCAUUUGCAGUGGCAGUCCUGCCUCGCUUCAUUUGGCUGGUUGUCUCAAGCUUCAUCAAUGCUGCGUGAGUUGGAAUCUCACUUCGUCAAGAAGCUUCUUGAAAUUCUGGAUCAGGUUAAACAGGCUUUUCGCUUUCAACAGCUCUCACAGAAAGAGACACUGCCCAACGAUUUGAACACUCUUCUUUUCCAUCCCAAAAGUAGCAAUGCACGACAAGAAUUCUUAACCGAAAGGUUUACAGAACUGAUAGUCCCACCAGCCACAGAUGAUCAAUGGAGCCCUGUUGUGCAUCUUCUUGAAGGACACUUGGACUAUGUUCGCUGUUGCGCCUUCUCGAACGAUGGGAAGCACUUGGUUUCUGGCUCUGACGACGGUUCGAUAUGCAUUUGGAACACAGAAAUAGGGAAAUUGCAACACAAGAUCCCAGCUUUCAACCAUUAUGUGUAUCUUAUCGCUUUGUCUCCCAAGGGACUCCUGGCUGCGUCAGAUUACAGGAAUCUUAAGAUUUGGAAUAUCAACACAAAUACGCUCCUGGAUAUACCCGAUGGUAUAAAUUUAAUGGGAACCAGCCGUCAUGUGCAGGACUUGGCUUUUUCACUUGACGGAAGCAUGCUAGCAGUGGCAUCAGGCGAUACAGUCGCCAUAUGGGAUCUAGCGGCAUACCGGAAAGUGGCCGUUCAAUGGACUUCUGUUUCAAGUUUUCAGUUCUCCAAAGAUAAUUUGCUGGCAACUCUAAAGUACAAUUGCGUUUCAGUCUGGGAACGAGACAGCGAGCACAGAGAAAUUAGUGAGCCUGCUGCAACAAACGAAGCAGAAUCCUCGGACGAUAAGGAAUAUGGGUUGAAAAAAUUAUGUGAUUUCUCAUUGCCAGCUGGAACAACGGCAGAGUUUACCGGCAAAGUCGCUUUUUCUCCAGACUCGAAAUAUAUAGCCGCUGGAACCCGGGAGGUUCAUAUAUGGGACUGGAGGUCCGGCACAACGAUGGCCAUUCUUAGCGGCCACACAGAUGAAAUCUUUGGGCUUUCGUUUUCUCAUGAUGGUUUAUAUCUAUCAUCUAGUUCGAGAGACCGAACAGCCAGAAUAUGGACCGGACCUUGGGAUGGUAAUGACAAGAAGCCGUUGUCGACAUUUGCGGAACACUCUGGGACUGUGUUUGGUCUGUCGUUUUCCCCGUCUCAAAAGCUUCUCGCUACUUGUUCGGCUGAUAGAACACUUCGUAUUUGGGAUUAUGAGACUGGAACAAGAACCGAUGUCAGAGCAAAAGAAGAAGAAACUCAGCAUACUUCAGUCCAUAAACGACCAAUUUGCAUGGUAUCUACCUCUCAUGACGGAGAAACAAUCGCCUCAGGUUCAGAAGAUGGCCUAAUCUGUCUUUGGGAAGGAAAAACUGGCAUCCUUCGGCGACAAGUUCGUGGCCAUGAAGAUUUCAUCAGGUUCAUCGACUUCUCACGAGAUUCCAAAGCCCUCGUUUCGGCAUCUGAUGACGAAACUGUACGAGUGUGGGACGCAUACGACGAGAGCAAAGCACUUACAUUGAGGGGUCAUGAGGGCUGGGUGAGAUGCGCAAUAUUUUCGCCUGAUGGGCGGUUUGUGGUGUCUGGUUCUGACGAUAGGACAUUACGCGUGUGGGAUCUCACUCAUCAGAAUGUUAAAGAGAUGACAGAUUCAAACUCAACUGAGAGUGAACGGGAAAAUGGUGAAGAAGUGGACGGCAUCGAAAUACUCCGAGGGCAUGAUGACUACGUCAUGUGUGCCACGUUCUCUCAUGAUGGCAAAUUUCUCGUUUCUGGUGCAAAUCACGGUCAGAUAUUGCUAUGGGACUUUUCAGAGGCUCACCAAAAGUUACCAUUGGCACAUAAGGUUGUGCAAAAAGCAGACUACGACCCAAUAUCUUCAUUGGUGCUAGUUGACAACUCAAAGUGUCUUAUCGUCGCAACUUCUACCGGAUUAGCAAUCUGGGACGUUCAAACAUGCGAACUCAAGAAAAGAGUGCGAUCUGAUGUUACAAUCUACACACUUUACCCCAAUGAACUUUCCCCAGAGUAUAUAAUAACGGGUCUAGGCCCAAUCCUCAUUGAUGCUAUGAUGGACGAUGAGAAAGUCCAAAUCCAGCCUACAAAAUGGAGUCCUUUUGAGUUUAGUCCUGGCUGGUUUGAUGAAUCGGAUGAACCUGAAGAGAGAUGGAUCACUUGGAUGGGGAAAAGAUUGAUUCUUCUGCCAAAAAUACAUCGCCCGACUUGGACAGCCGCUCAUGGGCACACGGUUAUUAUUGGAUGUCAAUCGGGACGAUUGCUAUACUUUAAGUUUAAGGAAGAUGCAGAUUUUCGAGAUUAUUUCGUAUCUCAGUAG